UCUAACUGCGAUCUAGAAUAGGUAGGAUUUGCGAAAUGCUAGCUUUCAAGUCCUCUAGUCUCCACCCGAAGAUGAUUAUCAUAGCUGAAGUUUUGGCAACCUCGUGGACCCUCCCGAAGGGCAGGACCCGCAGCCUUUCCUCCCGGAGUUGGGACCCGGCCAGAGCUGGGUCGUGGCCGAGCGGAAACCGAACCCGGGGUCCCGGCGGCGGGGCGCGCGUGUGAGUCCGGGUCUACGGAGUCCUGGAGGAAUCGAGUCUGGUGAGGUGUCCGGGUCCCGGAAAAAUCCGCUGUCGCUUUGGCUCCUGUGGCGGUGAGAAUGCAGGUCAAGAAAUCUUGGAUUGAAGGGGUAUUCUACAAGAGAGAAUGUAGCAAAUUCAUACCCAGCUCAAAAGACCCUCACAGAUGCACUCAAGGCUGCCAAGUCUGCCAGAAUUUAGUCAGGUGUUACUGUGGCCGAUUGAUUCAUGAACAUCAUGGGCUAGAUUAUGCCUGGAGCCUCUCAGCUGUUGAAGGCAGUGGAAGUGAACAAUGGUCUGUUGAGAAGCACACAGUGAAAAGCCCUACAGAUACCUUUGGCACCAUUAAUUUCCAAGAUGGAGAACAUAUCUACCACUCCAAGUAUAUUAGAACUUCUUAUGAUACAAAAUCGGAUCACCUGUUGCAUUUGAUGUUGAAAGAAUGGAAUAUGGAGCUGCCAAAGCUUGUGAUCUCUGUCCAUGGGGGUAUCCAGAACUUCAAGAUGUCCUCUAACCUCAAAGAAGCCUUCAGCCAGGGUCUGGUCAAAGCUGCAGAGACCACAGGAGCAUGGAUAAUUACUGAAGGCAUAAACUCAGGAGUGUCCAAGCAUGUUGGUGAUGCCCUAAAAGCCCAUUCCUCUAAGUCCUUGAGGAAAAUCUGGACAGUUGGAAUCCUUCCUUGGGGUGUCAUUGAGAACCAGAGAGAACUAGUUGGAAAAGAUGUAGUGUGCAUGUACCAGACUCUGAGUAGUAACCCGCUCAGCAAGCUCACCACACUCAACUGCAUGCACUCUCACUUCAUCCUGUGUGAUGAUGGGACUGUGGGCAAGUACGGAAAUGAAGUGAAGCUCAGGCGGAACCUGGAGAAGCAUCUCUCAAUGCAGAAGAUACACAGCUGUUCAAGACAAGGUGUGCCCGUGGUGGGGCUGGUGGUGGAAGGUGGCCCCAAUGUCAUCCUCUCAGUGUGGGAGACUGUCAAGAACAAGGAGCCUGUGGUGGUGUGUGAGGGCACAGGCAGAGCUGCUGACCUCUUGGCCUUCACCUACAAACAUCUGGAGGAUGGAGGGAUGCUGCGUCCUCAGGUGAAAGAAGAGAUCUUCUGUCUGAUUCAGAGCAUGUUCAACUUCAGCCUUAAACAGUCUAAGCACCUUUUUCAAAUUCUAAUGGAGUGCAUGAUACACAAGGAUUCUAUUACCAUAUUUGAUGCUGAUUCUGAGGAGCACCAAGACCUUGAUUUGGCAAUCCUCACAGUUUUGUUGAAGGGCACAAGCUUAUCAAUAUCAGAACAAUUAAAUCUGGCAAUGGCUUGGGACAGAAUGGACAUUGCCAAGAAACAUAUCCUAAUUUAUGGACAACAUUGGAAGCCCGGUGUUCUAGAGCAAGCAAUGUUAGAUGCCUUAAUGAUGGAUCGGGUAGAUUUUGUGAAACUCUUGAUAGAGAAUGGAGUGAACCUCCACCGUUUCCUCACCAUCCCCCGGCUGGAAGAUCUCUAUAAUACAAAACAAGGACCAACUAAUAUGUUUUUGCGUCAUCUUGUCCAAGAUGUAAAGCAGCAUACCCUUCUCGCGAGCUAUAGAAUCACGCUCGUCGACAUCGGGCUGGUAAUAGAGUACCUCAUUGGUGGAGCCUACCGAAGCAGCUACACGAGGAAAAGUUUCAGAGUUCUCUACAACAAUCUCUACAGGAAAAACAAGAGUGUGACCAGCUUUUCUCAGAGCCUUUCCCAGCACCCUCUUCACCAGAGACAUUCCUUGGGAAGUAGAAACGAGUCUUCGGAAAGCACACUGCAUUCCCAGUUCUUUAGGACUGCCCAGCCCUACAAAUCCAAGGACAAGCCUGGAGACUCACACAAGCCAAAGAAGAAAUCAAAGGAAAUACACAGCCUAUCCGAGGACCCUGAGUCUGCUGGCUUUCUCUACCCGUACAAUGACUUGCUGGUGUGGGCUGUACUGAUGAAGAGGCAGAAGAUGGCCAUGUUCUUUUGGCAGCAUGGCGCGGAGACCACAGUCAAGGCAGUCAUUGCCAGCAUUCUCUAUAGAGCCAUGGCCCGGGAAGCUAAGGAAAGCAACAUGGUGGACGACACCUCAGAGGAACUGAAAAGUUACUCCGAGCAGUUUGGCCAGCUUGCCCUGGAUGUGUUGGAGAAGGCCUUCAAGCAGAACGAGCCGAUGGCCAUGAAGCUGUUGACCUAUGAACUCAAGAACUGGAGUAAUUCCACCUGCUUGAAGCUGGCGGUGUCUGGAGGACUGCGUCCCUUUGUGUCACAUUCUUGUACCCAAAUGCUGCUGACAGACAUGUGGAUGGGACGUCUGAAAAUGAGGAAGAACUCCUGGCUGAAGAUAAUCAUCAGUAUCCUUUUACCACCCAUGAUUCUGACAUUGGAAUUUAAAAGCAAAGCUGAGAUGUCCCAUGUCCCACAAUCCCAGGAUUUUCAGUUUACAUGGAAUUAUGGUGACCAGAGCCUCAGUAAUACCAAAGAAAAUGCUUGUGUGAAAAACUAUGAUUUGGAAAGAGGCCCUGAUGAGAAACUGGAUGAAAAUCUGCACUUGGACUUAAGAAAUGGGCCCCAGAGCCUCCCCUGGACAAGGAGAGUCUACGAGUUCUACAGCGCCCCCUUUGUCAAGUUUUGUUUUUACACGAUGGCUUACUUGGCAUUCCUCAUGCUGUUCACUUACACAGUGUUGGUGGAGAUGCAGCCCGAACCCAGUGUGCAAGAGUGGCUUGUCAUCAUUUACAUCUUCACCAAUGCCAUUGAGAAGGUCAGGGAGAUAUGCAUUUCAGAACCAAGCAAGUUUACUCAAAAGGUGAAGAUGUGGCUGAGUGAAUACUGGAACCUCAUAGAAACUGUGGCUAUUGGCCUCUUUUCCAUUGGCUUUGGCCUACGGUGGGGACACCCCCCUUUGCAUACUGCAGGAAGACUCAUCUACUGCAUAGACAUCAUAUUCUGGUUCUCUCGGCUCAUGGACUUCUUUGCUGUGAAUCAACAUGCAGGUCCGUAUGUGACCAUGAUUGCAAAAAUGGCAGCAAACAUGUUCUACAUUGUGAUCAUGAUGGCCAUUGUCCUGCUGAGCUUUGGUGUGGCGCGAAAAGCCAUCCUCUCACCCAACGAGCCUCCUUCAUGGCGCCUGGCUCGAGAUAUUGUAUUCGAGCCAUAUUGGAUGAUGUAUGGAGAAGUCUAUGCUUCAGAGAUAGAUGUUUGCGAAGGUGAAACUUCUUGCCCUCCGGGUUCUUUCCUGACUCCAUUCCUGCAAGCUGUCUACCUCUUUGUUCAGUACAUCAUCAUGGUGAACCUGCUGAUUGCCUGCUUCAACAACAUUUACUUAGAUAUAAAAUCCAUCUCGAAUAAGCUUUGGAAAUACAAUCGCUAUCGCUACAUCAUGACCUACAACCAGAAGCCCUGGCUGCCCCCACCCUUCAUCCUGCUGAAUCACAUGUGCCUGCUCCUCCAAGGUCUCUGCUGCCGUCCAGCGCCACAGGACCAGGAAGAGGGUGAUGUAGGACUAAAGCUCUACCUUACUGAGGAGGACUUGAAAAAGCUUCAUGAUUUUGAGGAGCAGUGUGUGGAAAAAUAUUUCCAUGAGAAGACGAAAGGUCUGAAUUGUAGUUUUGAGGAACAAAUCCGAGUGACAUCAGAAAGGGUUUCAGAGAUGUUCUUCCAACUGAAAGAAAUGAAUGACAAAGUAUCUUUUAUAAAAGACUCCCUACUCUCCUUGGACAGCCAGGUGGGACACCUCCAGGAUCUCUCGGCCCUGACUGUUGACACCCUAAAGGUCCUUUCAGCUGUUGACACAUUGCAAGAAGAUGAGGUUCGUCUGGCCAACAGAAAGAAUUCUACUUGUAGAAAACGUCCCCACAGCUGGACCAAUGUCAUCUGUGCAAAUGUUCUAAGCAGCAUGGAGGGCUGUGAAAAGAAGAAAUUUCAGUACUAUAGCAUGCCCCCUUCUUUGCUGCGGAGUCUUGCCAGAAGCCAGCUUCCCCCAAGAGGGCAUAACGGUGCCCUCAUAGAGAUUACACACGGUAAGAGAGAGGCCUCACAUGUAAGAGAAGAACAGGAGGAAGAAGAAAUUGAAUCAAGGACAGUUGCUUCUGGGGUGUCUCAUGUCAGACAAGCCCACUCUAAGUAUGGCCAGUUUCUCUUGGUCCCAUCUUCUGAAAAGCAAGUUCCUUUGCCUUUGGAAAAACCCCCACAUAUUUUCAGAUCAUCUGAAGAGGCCCACAUAGAUGGCUUGGCACUGGAACAUAUAUGCCAACAUGAUAUCACCAUCCAUCUGCCUGUGCAGACCCCUGCUGCCUCCCACCAAGCAUUGGUAGCAGAACACAAGGAACAUCAUGAGGCAGUCACACAGAUGUCAGACAAAUAUGACAAGGCAGAAGACCCACUCACGCUUAGUGGCAUGCCUGCUCCCACGACAACGACUUCUCUUCCUUCCCGAGGCAUCAGCAUGCAAGCUGGAGGUGGAUAUGUGAAUUGGGCAUUUUCAGAAAGUGAUGAAACCCGUGUGUUUAGUUUUAAGAAAAAGUGGAAAACUUGCUUGCCCUCCACUAGCAGCAGUGAGUCCAUUCCAGGCAGAGAAUGCCCCCUGCAGAGCGGAGGCAGGUCUGGACUGGAUAACUCAAGACGACUGGCCCAGCGUAGUGAGCGCUCAGUGGUGGCUGGACCAUGGACCCAGCCAAGAAGAUCUUUUUGGAUCAAUCCUCUCUGUAAAGACAGACCUCUCAUUAGGAGUCGGAGUUUUAGGUUCCACAAGGAGGAGAAACUGAGGAAGAUCUGGAAGAACAACAGCCAUUCAAGAUCCUCAGAGACAGGGUCAACAUGGAUCAAAGCAAAACUCCUCACCAAGAACAGGAGUCUGUCCAAGAAGAAGACGAGGACUCAGGGACUCCAGGUGCCAGUGAUAACGAUCAAUGCCUGCUAUCAAAGUGAUCAUUUGAAUCCGGAGCCAGGGGAAACAAGCUCCACGGGAGAGCACAGCGGCAACUGGCUCACUGUGUCCAACUUCAGCCAGAUAAGUUUAGAACCUUAUAUAUAUCAGAAAAUGAAAAUGAAGGAAAUUGAGCAACAUACCACACGAGCCAGUAACUACCUAAAGCGGUCUCAAGAGGACCCAGAUGAAAACCCUUCAUGGUGUCCUAGGAGUACCAACCUCAACAGGAGUUUUCUAACAAGAAGCUCAAGUGAAGCUGACAAGAUCUCAGCCUCCUUAAAAAGCCCUCAAGAGUCUCACCACCAUUAUUCAGCCAUUGAAAGGAAUAAUUUAAUGAGGCUUUCUCAGACCAUACCAUUUACACCAAUCCAGCUGUUCGCAGGAGAAGAAGUGACCAUCUACAAACUUGAAGAGAGUUCCCCUCUGACUCUCGAUAAGAGCAUGUCUUCUUGGUCUCAGCAUGGGAGAGCUGCCAUGAUCCAGGUGCUGUCGCAGGAGGAAAUGGAUGGGGGCCUCCGCAAAGCCAUGCGAGUCAUCAGCACCUGGUCUGAGGAUGAAGUUCUCAAGCCCGGGCAGGUUUUCAUCGUGAAGUCCUUCCUCCCGGAGGUUGUACAGACAUGGUAUAAAAUCUUUCAGGAGAGCACUGUGCUUCAUCUUUGCCUUAGGGAAAUUCAACAGCAAAGAGCUGCCCAAAAACUCAUCUACACCUUCAACCAAGUCAAACCACAAACAAUUCCCUACACACCAAAGUUUCUGGAGGUUUUCUUGAUCUACUGCCAUUCAGCUAACCAAUGGUUAACCAUUGAGAAGUACAUGACAGGGGAGUUCCGGAAAUACAAUAACAACAAUGGCGACGAAAUCGCCCCCACCAAUACCCUGGAAGAGCUGAUGUUGGCUUUCUCUCACUGGACAUAUGAGUAUACCCGGGGAGAGCUGCUGGUUUUAGAUUUGCAAGGUGUUGGAGAAAAUUUGACAGAUCCGUCUGUUAUAAAACCUGAAGACAAACAAUCAAGAGGGAUGGUGUUUGGACCGGCCAAUUUAGGGGAAGAUGCAAUUAGAAACUUCAUUGCAAAACAUCGUUGCAACUCCUGCUGCGGGAGGCUCAGGCUGCCGGAUUUAAAAAGAAAUGAUUAUUCCCUUGCAAGGGAACAUUGCAACUCAGGACUUGAGAAAAACACUGAACCAGCUGAGAGGCUUCCAGCAAGAGACAGAAAUAGAAAUUCCCUAGAAGAUCACACACGCCUAUAAAAAGGAUCAUGAGGAAGAUGAUGAUGAUCCCUUAGCUCCUUUUGCCUUGAACUCUAUGAUGAUGUACACUGAUUGAUAUGAUUCUGACUACAUCAGAAUCUCUGUCAGGAUGACUUAACAAUGUGGAACUCCCUGGAAGUGUCCUCUGAGCCUCAUCUCCCACUGCCCAGAGGACACGGUGUCUAAUGGAGGGGUCCUCCCAUAUAUUGACCUCUGAGCAGAAUGUUUGGAGUACAUCUCAUCUCCUGGUUCUGCAUGAAGACACUAGAUGAGUCCACCGGGAAUACUCUCCUUUAUACCUCAUUGCUUCAGUUGGCCAUUUGGAACUGUUGGAGUAGACUGCUGUGCACUGAAGAACUGGGGGAUGAAUUAAUUUAUUUUCUCACUAUGUUUGCAGACUCUAUUCCCACUGCUAUUCAUCAUUUCAUUCAAGGGUCAUGCACAUACAUUAAGAAUAUAUGUGAUUUCUUCUUCCCUCUA